GUCGGUUGAAUUCCGGCAUCUUCCUUUCUCAAAUACUUCAACCUUACCUGACCAUUAAGUUUAUUCUCUGAAAAUAAAAAUGCAAGACUCAAACUGCUUAGCUCUCAAACUUGAUGCAGCUAUUGAUUGAAUUCUGUACCCUAUUCAGAAGGGUACCCAAUUCCAUACACAUUUCCCAUGCAUCAAUGAUGAGAGACAUAUGAUGAUUACUAGUUCAUCUAAAGAAGUGGAUUCUCCAACAAAAAAGGAGGGAGACACAAGUGAUGGCAAGAUUAGCAACGGUUCAUCAAGCUCAACGUCAUGGUUAAGAUUGAAAGAUCCAAGAAUUGUUCGUGUGUCGCGUGCUUUUGGAGGAAAAGAUAGGCAUAGCAAAGUUUGCACCAUAAGGGGAUUAAGAGACAGAAGAGUAAGGCUUUCAGUUCCCACAGCCAUCCAAUUGUACGAUCUUCAAGAUAGGCUUGGACUUAAUCAGCCUAGCAAAGUUGUUGAUUGGUUGCUUAAUGCAGCAAAGCAUGAAAUUGAUGAACUUCCUCCACUUCCAAUGCCACCAGUGAACUUUGGCCUCAAUCAUCCACCAAUUUUAACUUCUUCUCAUGAAUUCGGUGCUUCACAGUCUAACAAAGAAGGGUUCAAGACGAAUGGCACCAUCAAUUGGGAAGAUCCUGGCGGAUUAGCCAGACCAAAUUUUUGGAGCAGUGAUUCAAUGUUGAAGAACAAGUCAAAAGAAGUUGCAAGGGAUUCUACCCAUGAGAAAGAAAAUUGGUCAAAAGGAAAUGAUCAAGAAGAUAAUAAACUUCAUUCUUCCUUACCUGGUUUGAUAAAUAAUAAUGGGAUCCCAUAUGGUUCCCUCUUUCAGCUAGAACAUACAAAUUUUCCUUUAUCUCAUUUGGGAAGCCAUGGAUUUGCAGCCCAAACAGCUGAUCUACACAACGUAAAUGCUGUGUCAUCACCCUCUACUUUGUCUCUAUCACCUGGAUCUCAAAUUUUUGUGUGUCCAUCUGGAACAGCACAGCCUUAUUUCCCUUCACAUAUUACAGCAGCUUCGACGGAGGUUGAUCCAAGACAAAUAAACCACCUUCAGAUAUUGACCUCAAGCACCCAAAACUUCUUCCCAAAUACUCUCGCUCCAACUCCUUAUACUAUGACUCAAUCAGCUAGACCUUUGCAUUUCAGUGCAACUCCUAGGCUUUUUCAUUCCCACAGUAGUGGAAGUCAUCAACCAGAUAAAGACCAGGAUUUUCAUUGUAAAUGAUAUGGAUACGAAACAAACAAAGAAGCAAGAACCCCUCUUCUCAGGAGAAACAAACAAACAAACUUCAAGUUGUUGUCCCAGGUGAGAUCAAAACUUGUCCUAAAUUUUCAAGUGUUUGCUAGAAGGCAGACUUUUUGCGUUAAAUGUGCGCGUUUACUCAAAUUAUGAUACGUAUUUUUGCUUCAUAGGGUGUCUGAUCAUCAAUUUUUCCUUUCCUUUUUGUUUUCCUAAUAUUUCAAUGCUGUAUGAAUAGUCUUAUGCUUAUGAACUCUCUUUAUAAGUUCAUAUUUUCAGUUAUUGAAUGGCUCGGGGUGUUACCAAUUUGUACAGCCAUAAAUCUAAAUAAGAACUGUUACUGUCAUUGUGCUCACUCUGGUCGAGAGGAAAAGAAAAUUAUUUUGAUUAUCUGCAAAUUCUGUCUAGCUAAAACUCAUCUUAAAGUUUUUUUUUUUUUUUUUUUACCAAAAAAAAAAAGAAAGAAACCCUAGAA